AUGCCUGCUUCCGAGGCAUUGUCCUGUUCCGGUCUUCGUUGUCCCCCAGUUGCCGUCGCCCUGGCGCCAGACCACAGAUACGAUGACAGUUUUGUCGGGUUGCCGAUCCAUUCGCCUGCCCCAGGCUGGAUGGGUGAAUUUGGCCCCAGGUCACUCGGUCGACAUCCCCCGUGCCCACCUCCGAUUGGACGUAUCCCAUUCACGAUCCAGCGAAUCUGCCCCAUCUGUACCUCGGCCAUCGCAUCAGCCCUGCUGACAAUUCGUGGCCAGCCCCUUUCCGGUUGCUGGGCAAAUCUGGGGUGUCAACUACAGACUGAGGAGGAGCAUCGGCCAACCGUCCCGCCGAGGAGUGAAGCAGAAUGUGUGAUGAAGCGACUUGUGAAUCCUUUCCCAUGCUUUCCACCCUCCUCCAAUCACACUCAAUCGUUGCACACAUCCUCUCUACUGUCUCCCGGCCCCUCGGAAGCCAACGACACUGAACCAUCAUUUUUUGCCCACCGGGAGAAGAGACACGCGUUCUCGUUUCUGGCCCCACUUGUCCACUCAAAGAGGCGUUUCUGCACCUUGUCGAUGUCGUCUUUUGUCCGGUUGUCCUUCCACUCAACCCUAAACCCGGUUACAUACUCAUUUCUUGGACACACACACACACACACACAAACACAAAAAACAAAUACGCAAGAUAGCAUAAACAAAUUGACACACACACACGCACACACACUCACACUCGGCUUGUACAAACCGGCAUGCACAAAAUGGACAAACAGUAUUCUUUGGUUAGUUGGCCCGAAGCCCUGGAUUAAAAUCUUGCCCCCAUGA